CAGUGUCAUGAAUAAUGAGUUAAGAAACGGCUUCUCCAAUGUACCAAAGAUCUUAGAGAUUCAAUUGCCUUUGAAAAUCGCCUCGAAGGAUGAUUUGGUCGCAUGGGCCAGGUAUGUCAUGGGUUUGAUGGCUUCCAAGAUCAACAUCACAUUGACUACGGUGAAAGAGUCCCCAGCGACGACUUCCGGAAACACCAGAGCUCCAGAAAUCAUGAAGAACAUCGACAAUACCAAACAGCCGCAAAUUGUUAAGGAUUCGGUGCACAGGAAGUCGCAGAGUGUUAAUCAGAUGGCUGGGAUUCGAAAUUUGGCCAGCAUUAGAAAUACAGAGAAUAUAAGAUACGCUGCAAAUGUUGGAAAUCUUGGAAAUAUGAAGAAUUUCGAGGUUCCUGCGAAUAUUAGAUCAUCGUCAGAAAAUGGUCGACGGUCUGAAGUAAUUCGAAUUCCUCUGAGAAAUGGGAAUAUUCAAUCGCCGAAGGAGAAACAGCUUGCCAGUCCGCAAUUAUCAACGCUGACGAUUAAUGGGGUGACUGGAAACAGUUUGUUUAACAAUAGACAAAGCCAACCAAGUUUCACGAAUGUUGGUCUCUUUGACACGACCAUUCCUAAUCCUCUGGAGAUAACAGCUAACAUUAAUCUUCCAAGGACGAAGGAAUCGGUCUUCAAGGGUGUCUUCAGUACUGCGAAGAUAUUAGAACCGCCGCUGGUCAUCCCUCAAUUUCCAGAUUUUGGACCAGGAAUUGACUUCAGAAACGAUCUGACUAAAAAUUUCAGCCUGGUUUCAACCCCCGCGAGAAACUACCUUCCUGUGACUACCACUGAUAAUAUCAAGAUCCCAAACGACCCCUUCGUCACUAGAUACUUCUUCGAUGGCGUAGAGAGAAACGUCCCUCACAAUUUGGCCAUUUUUACUUCGAAUAUCACCUUCACCACUAGCAACCCUCUGAAUUUCAACGAUGAAAUUCCAAUUCCGAUAAGGAACAUUGAAUUGUUGCCUCAAAGAAAUUUUUCAGGUAUCGCGAAACCACUUUUGAAGGUCCCAUUCGAAGCAGUAAUUACAUUUUCAAGAGAAAAUUCAGGAGAAGCAACGACUUGGAGAAACGACAAAGAUAAAUAUCUCUUGAUACCAACAAGAGAUCCUCCUGAUGACUUUCCACCAUAUUUUGAUACUAAUUAUACCCUGACGAAUGAAUCGGGACAGAUAAACGUGGUGUUCGAUGACAAUAAACAAGCGACUGAACCGAUAAAUAAUACUAAAAAGGAGGAGAAGAAGAAGCAAGGAAAGAAACAGGAUUCUUCGAAGACGCAGCAAUCAAACAAGCAAAAAUCUGAGAAAGGACGACCAUCGGUUGUUAGUCAGUUCCUGAAGACGUUUCUAGCACUGAGGAGGAAUAAUAGUUUGGCUACGAAUCUGAAGCCUCCUCCAUUAAAUCCUGAAAAAUUAACAACACCAUCAAGGGCACCAAUCGCCCCAAUGGCACCAGUGGCUCAGAAGGUACCUGCGGCUCAAAAGUAUCCAUCACCUCCCAGAGUACAGUCCUCCUACAAUGAAAAACCAUCGUUUGUGUCAGGACAAGGAAGACGUGGUCAGACGUUUCAGGCGCAGGGAAUCGAGGAUGGCGAUGACAACGGAAGUAACAAUGGCAGCAACAGCGAAGAGAGCACCGAAAAGAAUGACGCCGAUGAAGAUAAUGGCAAUACUAAUGACGACAUUGAAAGUAACGGAGGAGAUGAUAACAGUGAUUCCAAUGAAAGUUCCAGCAGCGAAAGCGACGAGGAUAGCGAAGAAGAGGGUGGUCUUGUCAAGUCCAUUAUCAGUCUGCUUGAGCUUGCAGCACCCAUUUUAGAGGAUCUCAGCGACCCUGAAUCAGACGCGGACAUAGGUGACGUUCUCAGUGCGGGCCUUCCGCUUAUCCAGGAACUGUCUGAGGGAGAUGGUGAGAACCCAGGAUUCGACAUUCCAGGAAUAUUGGUGCCUGUCCUGUUGAAAGUUAGCGAAGAUGGACCAAAAGAUUCAUCAGCGGUUAUAACGCCUCUCAUUCAAUUAGUCGCUCCAUUGAUUGGACCCCUUGUUGGUCCAUUGAUUUUACCAUUGAGUCGACAAAUCAGUAACCCUCCAGGUGAUGGUGGAUCAUCGGUCAGUGAUCUAAUAAGGAGUCUGUUGGGCCCAUUGCUUGAGCCCGUCGGACCUGGAAAAAAGUCUCAGCUAUCGAAUCUCGUCGCAGCAGUUAUCUCUAGUCUUAGCAAAUAUUCUUCAACUUAUGGCAAAUCAGACAUCGCCAGCCUGGUAAAAGCUGUGGUCACAGGAACAAUAGCCGGUUCCAGCGCGGCUUCCAAUCACAAAGACUCUUAUGGACACCAUACAGACUAUGGUGGUGACAGUUACCGUGCUCACCCAUCUACCAACACUUAUGCUGCGGUGCCAUCUAAGGAACCGAAUCCUCUCUCUGUGCUUGGCGAUUCGAUCAAAGACAUUCUAAACGCUAUAGUAAAAGUGGUUUCAUCGUUAGUGAACGCCAUCACGGGUAUUCUGAGCGCUUCCUCCGGCAGUUCCGAGGAACCAUCACCUACUUAUGGCGCACCAUCACCUACUUACGGCGCACCACGUCCUACUUACGGUCCACCACGUCCAACUUAUAGUACAUCACGUCCUACCUAUGAUAAACCACGUUCUACCUAUAAUAAACCACGUCCAUCACAAUAUUUCGCGGUUCCUCCUAGCGAGUCUAUUAGUAUAACCACUAGUGGUCCAAAAAGGUUUCUGAGACUGUGA